CCCCGCCUCAGCGCCGGCACCGAGCGGGCACCAUGCGCCCAGGGUGCCCCCCGCCGCCGAUGCUGCUCGGGCUCUUUGUCCUGCUGGUCCCUGCCGCUUCCCAAGAGCCAGACAGCCUGAGCGCCGAGGUCAGCCUCCUAGAGCUGAUCGGAGACCCCCCACCAGAGGAGAUCCUCAAAAUUGAUGGCCCCGACAACAACCCUGGCUAUAUCUUCGGCCCCAACGCCAACACAGGCCAGGUCGCCCGAUACCACCUGCCAAGCCCUUUCUACAGAGACUUUUCCCUCCUGUUCCACAUCCAGCCCACCACCCCCCGGGCCGGUGUGCUCUUUGCCAUCACGGACUCCUCUCAGAGCAUCAUCUACGUGGGCGUCAAGCUCUCAGAGCUUCACGAGGGCAAGCAGCAGAUCAUCUUCUACUACACAGAGCCGGGCUCACCGAGUUCAUACGCAGCGGCCACCUUCACUGUGCCCACCUUGCUCAACCAGUGGACACGCUUUGCCAUCAGCGUGGAGGAGGAUGAAGUUGUCCUCUACCUGGACUGCGAGGAGCAUGAGCGGAUCCGCUUUGAGCGCUCCCCAGAUGAGAUGGAGCUGGAAGAUGGCUCCGGGCUCUUCAUUGCCCAGGCUGGAGGGGCUGACUCAGAUAAAUAUCAGGGAGUGAUUGCUGAUCUGAAGCUGCGAGGAGACCCACGGGCAGCCGAGCACCAGUGUGAGGAAGAAGAGGAUGACAUUGAGGAGGUCUCUGGUGAUUUUGGCAGCGGGGCAGAAGGUGGACGUGAACCCUCAGGGAAAGGCAAGGGUGUCCCAGGGCUGGUGGAUGCUGUCCCCGUCACUUCUCCCCCGGUGGUGGCUGGCGCCGGAGGCUCCCUGCAACAGGUCGAGAGGACCGAAGCAGAGGAGACACUGCGGGUCUCCACAGGAGGCACUGGCCCCAGAGGUGAAAAGGGGGAGAAGGGCGAACGUGGCCUGAAAGGGGAGUCGGGGACCGUUAGCAUCAUGGGGACAGGCAGUGUCAAGGGUGAAAAGGGGCAGAAAGGAGAACUGGGCGUAAAGGGCAGCGCGGGAUUUGGCUACCCUGGCUCCAAGGGCCAGAAAGGAGAACCGGGCAAACCCGGCAUCCCUGGCACGCUGUCCCGGCACACCCAUGGCUCGGUGUUGGAGCAGGUCACUGGCCCUCCAGGACCACCUGGGCAGGACGGAGCCCCAGGCAGGGAUGGCGAGCCCGGCGAUCCCGGUGAGGACGGCAAACCCGGUGAUAUGGGGCCCCAGGGAUUCCCUGGGAUGCCAGGGGAGCCCGGGCUGAAGGGGGAGAAGGGUGAUCCAGGCGUGGGGCCAAGGGGACCCCCUGGACCGCCUGGCCCCCCGGGACCCCCAGGACCCUCCUCCAGACAUGACAAGCUGACCUUCAUCGAUAUGGAGGGCUCUGGCUUCAGCGGCGAGCUGGAGAGCCUGCGGGGGCCACGAGGGCCACCUGGCCCCCCAGGGCCACCUGGGGUGCCCGGUUUGCCAGGAGAGCCAGGACGGUUUGGAGUGAACCACACGGACCUGCUGGGACAGCCGGGGCUGCCGGGAAGGGAUGGGGCCCCUGGACCCCCAGGGCCAGUGGGUCCUCAGGGUCCACCUGGAAGAGAUGGGGCAGCUGGACAGCAGGGGCCCAAAGGAGAGCGGGGUGACAUGGGCGACCUCGGCCUCCCCGGUGCACCAGGGCCCAAGGGCAACAAGGGAGAAACAGGGCCAGCAGGAGCCCCAGGAGAGCUGGGAUUGGCUGGCCUUCCUGGACCCAUCGGACCCCGUGGGCAGCCAGGGCCUCCUGGGCCCCCUGGCCCCCCAGGGCCAGGCUAUGAGGCUGGAUUUGGUGACAUGGAGGGCUCGGGGUUGCCGUUUGCCACUGGCUCCCCAGGACCACCCGGACCCAAAGGACUACAGGGGGUGCCAGGAUUGCCAGGGAUGAAGGGGGAGGUUGGCAGCCCUGGACAGCCUGGCUUGCCAGGACCAAAGGGCGAUGCUGGCAUCCCUGGCGUGGAUGGCCGCCCUGGCCUGGAGGGCUUCCCUGGCCCACAGGGCCCCAAAGGUGACAGUGGCAGCCCUGGUGAGAAGGGUGAGCGAGGCCAAGAUGGUGUGGGGCUACCCGGACCCCCUGGUCCACCUGGUCCCCCUGGGCAGGUCAUUGCUAUCUCAAGCAAAGAUAAGCUGUUGGAGGCUUUGCCUGGUCCAGAGGGCAGACCAGGUCACGCUGGCUUCCCGGGCCCAGUGGGUCCCAAAGGAGAACGGGGCUCAGCUGGUCCCCAGGGCUCCCCAGGGUUGAAGGGGGAUAAGGGGGAGCCUGGUGUCAUCAUCAGCCCCGAUGGGACUGUGGUCACUGCGAAGGUGAAAGGAGAAAAGGGGGAGCCGGGGCUGCGGGGACCAGUUGGACCCUCAGGUCCCCAGGGACGAGCAGGGAUGAAGGGCGAGAUCGGCUUUCCGGGCAGACCCGGACGUCCUGGCAUGAAUGGGCUGAAGGGCGAGAAGGGUGACCCCGCGGAUGUCAGUAGCCUGCUGGGCUUGAGGGGUCCCCCAGGACCCCCAGGGCCCCCAGGCCCCCCUGGGUCACCUGGCAACAUAGUCUACGACAGCAAUAAUGCCUUCAGUGACUCUGGCCACGCCGUGCCACCAGCCUUCCCCGGUUUCCACCAGUUUCCAGGUCAAAAGGGAGAGAAGGGUGAUGCUGGACCUCCAGGACCACCAGGUCACUUCCCUUACGACCCGAGUCACUUCAGUGCCAACCUGCGGGGUGACAAAGGGGAUACAGGUCCCAAGGGGGAGAAAGGCGAGCCAGGCAGCACCCCGCUCUACGGUCCCAGCCUCUCUGGGCUGCCAGGGCCUCCGGGACCCCAGGGCUACCCUGGGCUGCCGGGUCCCAAGGGGGACAGUAUCAUUGGGCCACCAGGGCCUCCUGGGCCUCAAGGCCCCCCUGGUAUUGGAUAUGAAGGUCGACAGGGCCCCCCUGGCCCUCCUGGCCCCCCUGGUCCGCCUUCCUUCCCAGGUCCCCACAGACAAGCCAUCAGCAUUCCGGGACCCCCUGGACCACCGGGACCCCCUGGCCCUCCAGGCACCAGUGGGAUGUCCUUGGGGCUGCGUGCCCUGCCGACCUACCAGGCGAUGCUGAGUGCCGCGCACGAGCUGCCUGAGGGCAGCCUCGUCUUCCUCACCGACCGCCAAGAGCUCUACGUCCGCCUGCGCGGGGGCUUCCGGCGGGUGCUGCUGGAGGAGCACACGCUGAUUCCCAGUUCAGCUCUGGACAACGAGGUCUAUGACAACUUGCCCAGCGUGCACUACGCAGGCCCCCAGCCCCCGCUGCAGCCCCGCGGGCCCCUGCACCCGCUCCGCAGCCACGGCGCGCCACCCACCGCCCGAUCCUGGCGCGGGGAUGAGGUGGUGGCCAACCAGCACCGCCUGCCUGAGCAGCCCCUGCUCCACCACCAGCAUGAGCUCCUCAACAGCUACUACAUCCACCGCCGGCCGGAGACGGCCCCCGCAGCCGCUCACGUGCACCAGGACUUCCAGCCUGCCCUUCACCUGGUGGCACUGAACACCCCGCUGAACGGGGGCAUGCGGGGCAUCCGCGGCGCCGAUUUCCAGUGCUUCCAGCAGGCCCGGCAGGUCGGGCUGGCUGGCACCUUCCGCGCCUUCCUCUCCUCGCGCCUGCAGGACCUCUACAGCAUCGUGCGCAGGGCCGACCGUGCCGCCGUGCCCAUCGUCAACCUCCGGGAUGAAGUGCUCUUCAGUAACUGGGAAGCCCUCUUCACGGGGAGCGGGGCCCCACUGCGAGCUGGUGCCCGCAUCCUCUCCUUCGAUGGCCGGGAUGUGCUGCGGGAUGCAGGAUGGCCACAGAAGAGUAUCUGGCAUGGCUCGGAUGCCAAGGGCCGCCGCUUGCCUGAGAGCUACUGCGAAACGUGGCGGACAGAGGAGAGUGCCACCACUGGCCAGGCUUCCUCACUGGGCUCUGGCAAGCUGCUGGAGCAGGUGGCCAGCAGUUGCCAGCAUGCCUUCAUUGUCCUCUGCAUUGAGAACAGCUUCAUGACUGCUGCCAAAAAGUGACACCCUCCUGUCCCCUGGGUACCCCCUGUGUCCCUGGGGAGGGUCAGGCCAGGCGGCACCCCCAUGGCCCUCAGCCCCCCAGGCACCUGCCUUUGCUGCACAGGAUUUUCUUCUCCUGAAGACCUGAAGCCAAAGAGUUUUGCCAUCUCCCCUGGCCUGGGUUGGCAGGGGCCCAUGUCCCCCCUGGGGCAGGGCAGCUGUGGGCUGGCUGCCUCCCUCCUCCUCCUCCUCUCAGUCCAUUCUUCUUCUAACUCCUACUAUUUAACCACUUCACAUUGCAUCCCCUACCUGCUCUCUACAUGGUGGCUGGGCGGGUGGAUGCUCAGCCAGGCAAUUUUGGCGCUGCAAUGCCAUGUGCCUUCCCACAGAGCCGGUUUCUCUGGCCUCCCUGGCCCCACACUGUCCCCACCAGGAGCUCAGUCUUGGACCCAGAUUCCCACUACUAGGGCCACAGGAUCUUCUCCAGCCAAAACUAUGGCAUCCCACCCACUCAAGGGAUUGUCCUGUGGCAGUGCCAGGGUUCCCCAGAGAUGGUCUCUAUCCUCCUCAGGUAAGGACCAUCCCACCCAGGCCCCCAUCAUUAUCCUCACCUCCCCCUCCCAGCCAGCAGCUCACAAGCCCACAGAGGGAGGUCUGCUCCCUCCCAUCCCCUCCAUGCCCCCUCGGGACCGCCGGCCGUGCCCCCGCACCCCAGGUAUGGCCAAACUCAGGCCAGUGCAGGGAGCAGGGAAACAGAGUGGCACUGAUGUGGAGCUGGGCAUGCCCUCAGAGUGUGGUUACGUGCACAUACGUGUCAAGCACGCAUGGUACCAAGGGCAGGCACUGUCAUUUCUCCCCUCCCCAUGCCACCUCUGCUGCGCUGGAAGGGCCAAGGCACAGCAAAGCUGGUGUGAAUUGGUGUGGGCAAAUCCAAGGUGCUAAGAAAAAAAAACACAAAAAAAGAAAAAAGAUGAAUCUGUAACUAGCUCUUUAUUAUUGUAUGGAAAUUAUUACCAUAAAGCUGUGUGAGUCGCACAGUCUCUAUUCCUUACAGUCUACUGUAUUUUGUGUAAUUAAUGCAAUUUAAAGCCUGUGGAUCUUGAUUUUUUUUUUGUCAGUUGUGUCCUAUAAACCAUUUUCUAAAGGCACUGAAUAAAG